AUGGCCAGUCAAGAAAAAGCAGUAGCAAAUGAUGUUAUCCAAUCUUGUAAUGAAAGUGCAGCAGCGUGUACGAACUGUGCUGACAAUGCUCAACAUGAAAAAUGUAGUAAACAAUGCCGCAUCAACGCAGAACUUGCUACAUUAACUGGAAAAUUUUUGUCAUUGGGUGCGCCUCAACUUAACUCUAUUAUCGAUCUAACUCUUAGUUCCGCUAAUACAUGCGCUGAAGUCUGUAAACAGCACUCGUCGGAUCAUUGUAAAGCUUGUGCAAAAGCAGCUUCAAAUCUCCAACAAUCUCUUCGUAAAUAUCAAGAGCAAGUUUCCGCUUGA